CCAACCUUGUUAGAAACUCCAAGUCAAGAUUCCACGUGCUCCCCUCAGAUUUAUUUCAAUUAUUUAUUUUUUAUAUAUUUACCCUUCGGUUAUUUUUCUAUAAUUUCAUAUUUAAUAUUUAAUUUUUUUUCUACACUGCCUGACCAUUUGUGCUCUUUCUUUUGUUUGCAUCUCUCCCUCCUCCCAUCUCUCUCCAACUCAAGAAACGAAAAUUCUAGUGAAAGCCUAUUCAGCUAUUACUAUUGCAAGAACAGUUGAUUCAGAUGAUGAUGGAUGGAAUAAUCAAAGGAGGUGUUGAUGGUGGAGGUGGUAACGUUGGUGUUGGUGAAUACGUAGGUGAUGGUAUGCAAUGCAGUGAACAUCCUUAUAGAAACAACCCAGGUGGGAUCUGUGCUUUUUGCCUUCAAGAAAAGCUUGGCAAGUUGGUUUCUUCCUCUCUUCCUUUACCUAUUCGUGCCUCUUUUUCUUCUUCCUCCUCUUCUUCUUCUUUUAGAUCUGAUAUCGGUGGUGGUGGUGGUGGUGCUUCUUCACUUUCACUUGCUGCGCGUCCUAUAUCUUCAAAAGGUAGAAAUGAUGGUGGAAAUAAUAGCCAAUAUCAAGAAUACUACACGAGGAGGGCCGGGAUCCCUUUUCUUUUGGCUAAAAAGAAGAAAAAAAUAAUGGUCGAAUCAUCAUCAUCAGAUCGUGAUAUUGUUUUCAAGAGAAGCAAAUCUACUACGACUCCUGGAAGAAAGCAUUUUUGGUUGGAUGCUUCUACUGAUGAUGGCGAGGAUUUUAGCCCAGGAAGAAGAGGUGGUUUCUGGUCAUUUCUCUAUCACUCUUCCUCCAAGUCUAGUACUACCAAGAAAACAGAUAAGGUGUCAUCAUUGACAGUAACAACAACGACGACGACGACGACGACUAAUGGGUCUAUGGUGAUGCCCAAGAAAAAGUUCUUGGUUUCUUCAUUGUCCAGUAACGGAGGCAGCGUGGAAGUAGAAAAUGAUGAUUGUCGUAAUAGCCAAGCCACUGCCUCUGCUUCAUCUUUUGAGAGGAAGGUUUCAAGGUCCAGAUCUGUAGGAUGUGGAAGCAGGAGCUUCUCUGGUGACUUCUUCGAGAGAAUCUCAACUGGGUUUGGAGAUUGCACUCUUAGGAGAGUAGAGUCACAGAGAGAAGGCAAGCUAAAGAUCCCUGCUGCAGCCACCUCUAACAUGAAAGAAAGAGCGAAAUGUGGCGGCAUCUUUGGUGGGUUCAUGAUCACUCCCUCAUCUUCAUAUUCUUCAUCAUCAUCAUCUCAUUGGGUUUCAUCUUCAGCAGAAGAAAUCAAUGGGAAACAAACACCUGUGUUUGCAGCUGGGCCUCCUGCUAAUGGAAGCAGCAGAAACUGGGGUUUGGCUUUCGCUAGUCCAAAGAGAUCUUUAGCGAAGCCUCCUUCAAAAGACGGCAAGAGAGACAUCAUCAGAGAAGCUUCCAAUAAGAACAACGCUCCAAACUUAAGUGCCAUUCCUUCAUUGUUGUCCGUGAGAGGCUAGAAGGAGUGAAGAAUGAAGGGCCAUUUGUGCUAUAAUACACUAGUACAUUUGAUCAUAUUUCUUAACUUGUGUGUUUAUUAUUAUUACUAUUACUCUCUUACCUUGGUACUUAAUUUUUCUUACUCUGAAAUUUGAUGUUCAUAGUUGCAAAAUUUUCUCUAAGACUAUCCGCAAGAAACCCAGAUGAAUGUGGACUGUGGACUAGUUGGAGAAGGAGAAGAAAAAGUUGCAGAGGGAGUUGAGUGUGGAAUUAAUUUGUAUUCUUUAUUCUCUUUUUAAUUAUUUUGUAUUUUGUAUCUGAAACUGAGACAAAGAAUUUAAUAAAUAUUUCUAUUUUUAUA